AUACGCUCUUCAACCCUACCAACAAAAAGUGAUCUAGUGCCGAUAAUGAGGAAUCAGAAACUGGUGUGGCGGCCGGUGGUUCCCCAACCGUGGGAGAGGGAGUUUUGCCUGCAAGCCACCGGCGGCUUCUACCGUUCAUGGACUAAGUUUCUUGAAGCCAAGAAGUACGUUCAUCUCGACGAUAAAAUCAUGCAGUGGGACGAUGCGGCGGCGGAAGAAGCCUUCAACUAUUGUAAGGCCAUGUUUUAUGCCGCCAAGUUCAAGCUCUCCGACGUCCCUCCGACGAGUUAUCCCGGAAUUUCACCUUCUUUACAGCCCGAUGAUGAUGAUGAUGAAAAUAUUGAUGGUGAUGGAUCUGAUGAUAAAGUCAAAGUCGACGAUUUUGAUGAUGAUGAUAUCUUCGGGUCAGCCAGUGACAUAGCUGAGAGCAACAAGGAAGAAGAAGAAGAUGAUAAUAAUUAUUACUGUGGGAUUAUGAAGAAUCUGCAGGAAAGUAUGAGAAUAGAGGAUAUAAAGCCUACGGGAUGGGAUGUUGAACCAUAUCAAUAUGGGGCUCCGAAUAACCUUACCGGACUCAUCGUUGGAGGCUAUAGCAAAUAUUGGCCAUAAGCUAUUUAAUUAUAGUUAUUAUAUUGUAUACUUGUAAAGUGCUAUAUACAAUAUUUUCAGGUCUGGGUUUGUCUUAAAAUUUAGGGAUCGGAGUAUAUGUAACACAAUUAGAAGUAUGUGCUAUCAUUUCUGCAAAUCUCAUCAUAUGCAGUUUUGAAAAUUAAUUUUGUUAAUUUC